CGUCGAAGAUGGCAGCGCCGCGUCCGGAUCCCAGACAGACACCGGCAGCACACGGCGUCCUCCGUUCUCUGCCACUCCUCGUCUUCGAACACCAGCCCAACCAUACCACGACGGAGACCGCCGCCGCCGCCGACGACUGCGGCUACGAGAUGCUCAUGUUCAGCGUCUCGGAAGAAAGAAGCAUAAUAAGAACGGAGACGACGCAGAGUCCACUACCGGAGAUAAUGGCAACCAAGGACAGGAUGUGCUUCAGCACCCCGCAGGGCUGGGUGUUCGUCUACCACAACGCUCCUGUUAGCAUAAUCUUGAGUUUGAGUCUAGCCAUGCGCAUGUCUCCGCCGUGGGAGACCUGGCUGUGGCACCCGCUCACAGGCGAGAUGCUCCCCUUGCCCCCCAUCCGUGAAGACCACUUCAUCCCCACCAACGCCAGAUGCCUGCUCACCCACGCCUCCCUCGCCGCGCACCCGGCCGACGACUGCGCCGUCGUCCUCCUCGACAACGACGACCUCGACAUGUGGUUCUGCCGGAUCCAUGACGGGGCGUGGGGCCACCACGCCUACGACAUCGGCGACUUCCCCGCUCAUCCCGCCGCCGCCGCCGCCACCGGCGAUGCUACCAACAGCAACAAAAUGCCCAUCCCGAUGGUCGCCACAAGUUACAAUUAUUGCCUAAGAGAUCCUCGGUCGCUGGGCACCGAGAGAGGGGAUCCGAAGAAGUGUGGGAACUCGGAUCGUCGACGGAGUAAGUCGGAGUCGCUAUCGUCCAACAAGGGCUUAAAUGUAAGAUGUUGGUCCUGGGCUAUUACAGGCGUGGACACGGAGAUUGGCGGCCUCCCGGAGGGCAUGUACUCCGCCGUGCUAUGGCUACUGGAGUUCCUGGGGGAGAUCUUCCAGGUCAGCGUCUGCUUCCGGGUGUUCGACCCGGACGACGUCGGCGCCGUCCUCGUCCACAAGAUGGACUUCGGCCUUCGGCGUUUGCGCGGCGUCCAUGACAUCGGGGACAACGUUUUCCUCUUGCCAGACAAAGGAGGCAAUGGCGCCUUGUGCCCUGCCAGCACGUGCGGCUUGGCGGGGAACCGUGUCUACUUCAUGAAGAACUUCAAAGAGGACGACGCGGAUAUCUGCGUCUACGAGAUUGGGGAGCAAACCAUGGAGGUUGUCCAGGCACAUGACCUGGACUUGCUUCUUGUUCGCACUUGUCCUUAUUGGAUUGUACCAUCUAGCUAGCUACCAGGGUUUAG